UCGUUAAUUAACUUGUUUCGUUUUUUUUUCUGUAGUUAUCUCCUUUUACUUCUUUGUUCGCGCGCAACUCCUCCGAUUAAGUAUCUCAAUACGAGAGCGAAAUUUCCUAGAUAUUAGAGACUUCGCAAUUGCGCAUUGCAAUAAGUAUGGGAAGGUUCAAUUGGAGGAAGCUCCUAGGCUGGGAUCGUCAUCCAUCCCACAAUCAUCACGACUGGUCAUUUCAUGAAAGUGGUCGCCGACUUCUUCCAGUUCAUCGAGAAGACUCGGCGGUCGAAUCUGCCAUCCCUGCUCCAGAAGUAACCAAGGUUGCUCUCCGCCUACGAUAUCUUAUCGAACAAUGCGUGCCGUGCGAACUUGAGGAGUUGCAAAUUACCCAACCCCACAGCAAGGUCAUUACGCCCAAAGUCAUUAAAGCUGCCAAAGAGGCGGGCGGGCCUGAGAAUCGUUCUUGUGUCGUGUUCUGUCUCCUUGUAGUCAAACGAUGGUUUAAGCAUCAAGCUGAAGUUGAGCUAUGGGAUGCGGAACUGCAUCAAGUCCGGGCGAUUGCUUGCGAGAUUAUAGCGAAGCAGAUCAUCGAGUCGGAAGAGGAUAUGGCUUACUUGCUGCAGUCGGUUCUGCUCAAGCGUUACUCUAUCGUCGUCGACGGCGAGGCCACCCCACCUGUCAAUGUUAUCGAGAAAGCUGUCGACCUCCACGCCCUGCGGGUGAUCGGCUCUUCCGGCUACCAAAAAUGUAUCAAUUAUCUCUGGAGAGGUUGGCUCGUCCAGGAUGAAAAUGAUCCCGCCAGUUUCGUUGACUACAAGGAACGCGAUAAUAUCACAUUCCUGCCCCAUCUGGAUCCCGACCGUAUGCGAGCACCAAUGUACCAGAAUGCCUUCCAGAUAGUUAUUUCCCUUAUUUACUUGGCUCUCUACACUGGUGCUAUCAACACCAUUAACCCUGGUGGUGACCUGGACUUUGUUGAAGUUACACUCUACGCUUUCACAUUCGGCUUCAUAUUCGAUGAACUUGCCAAGUUCUACAAAGCCGGAUACCACAUUUUUAGUUUCUGGAAUGCGUUUAACAAUGUCCUAUACUCGCUAUUACUGGUAUCGCUUGCUAUGCGCAUUGUCGCCUUUACCCACUCGCCGGAUGAUGAUUCUCGUCAGAAAUUCAACCAGCUAUCGUACAACUUCCUUGCGUUUACGGCGCCGAUGUUCUGGAUUCGUCUUCUGCUCUAUCUGGAUUCAUUCCGCUUCUUCGGUGCCAUGCUUGUUGUACUCAAAGUCAUGAUGAAAGAGAGCAUCAUUUUCUUCGCUUUGCUGAUCGUCGUCGUUAUUGGGUUCUUACAAGCCUUCAUAGGAAUGGACUACGCAGACGACAUGGCGGGCGAGGAUACAAUUUUCAUCCUUCAGGCUAUGGCUAAUGCUAUUAUGCAGAGCCCCGAUUUCAGCGGCUUUGAGCGUUUUAGCCCGCCGUUUGGAAUCAUUCUCUACUAUCUCUUUACAUUCGUCGUCAUGGUCAUCCUCCUGAACAUACUUAUUGCACUUUACAACAGUGCUUACGAGGAUAUCUACGACAACGCUGAUGACGAGUUUUUGGCUCUCUUCUCCCAGAAGACGAUGCAAUUCGUGCGUGCACCAGACGAGAACGUCUUCAUCGCCCCAUUCAACUUGAUUGAAAUAUUCCUCUUGAUCAUACCUUUUGAGUGGUGGAUGCCCAAGAAGCAAUAUGAAAGGCUCAAUGACAUUGUCAUGGGAAUAAUAUACUCACCACUGCUCUUCUGUUCAGCACUGUUCGAAGUCAAGACAGCCAAGGAGAUCCGGCGAAACAGGAGAAGAGGGGAAGAUGAUGAUGAUACGGAAGAAGAAUGGGAGCAGAUGGCAAAUGAAAUUGACUUCGAAAGCGAGGGCUGGGCAAAGAAGAUUGCAGAUAGCAAAGCUAACAUCGAAGAUGAUCCCACGAUGCUCGAGGUCAAGAAGCUGAGAGCAGACGUGGAGCAGCUCAAAGCGUUAUUGGAAAAUGUUAGCAAGCAUCUUAGCGACAAAGUUGGAAGCGACGCUUUAAUUUAGUAUCCGAGACUCUGAAUAGCCAGGGGGUUUGGCUAUGUUUUGAACGGGAUGAGUUGCAUCAUCAGUUGAGAUUCUAUAUCGAUAUACCAGUGCGG